AUGACAGAUUUACACAGUAAUUUUUUAUCAUCGUAUUCAUCGAAUGAUUGUCAUGAUAUGCUUGAAGUUUUAAAUAAUGGCUCGUCGCCACAUUCGUCACCAUCAAAAAACUAUUUUCCGUCGGUAAAUAAUACUAAAAAUGUUAAUACACUCGCAUCGUUAACAUGUGAUAUCGAGAAGGAUCACAAUGAAUCUACUUCGAUAGCCGAUUCGAAUCAAAUUGAUGAAACAACAGAGCUUAAAAUCGAAGCGCCAUUAUCUAGUCAAAAUAGUAUGUAUUCGACCGUACAAGAAACAUCGUAUCCCGUACCAGCGGCUUCUCCUACAAACCUUGUUCGAUUCAUAUCGGAACAGACACUUAUGCCAUCGUUAAGUCAGAUAGAUGAUGGCGAUUUUACUUCGUUACCGUCGGAGGCCGAGUUGGGUAAUGAUUGUAACAAUGACGAUGAAAUAACAAUAAAAUCUCCACUGAAAAUUGGGAAUGAUCAGCUGUUGUCAAACCUUCCGACGCCCGUUAAUAGUGAGCAACCUACUCAAAUUUUACCAAUAGCUGAACAAUCUAGUCAGAUGUUUGCUUCACCCAUGGAAGUAAACGAUAAUAAUACUACUGCUACUCUUCAACAUUCAUCUCAACAAUCUAGUCUUUCAUCAUCAUCCUCAUCAUCCAUCUCACCAAGCAUCGAUCAACGCCCAUCUUCGGCACCAUCUCUUUGUUUACGUCCGUCCACACCCAAAUCAUCGUUUCCAUGUUUGUUAGUAUCACCAAAUCGAAAUUUGAAUAGUGAAGAAAAGAAAUCAGUCACGUCAAUGACGACUGUUGGUUCGCCGAUACAUAUUGUGAAAUAUCCAUCAUCACCGUCAAAAGCAUUAAUGAUUUCUGCUAGUUCUAAUUCGCCAUUAAUGAGUCCGAAUAUUGUACGUAGUCCACAACUUAUGGUAAAAACAGCUACAAAUGGUGUUAAUCUAGUCAAUGUUACGCGUUUACCGUCAUCUUUUGGUCAAUUAACUCCAGGCGUUGCAUUAAAUACACCAUUUGUUUCCCCUGCACUCAAAUCUGGUGCCAAUAAUCUAUCAUCACCAACGAAGAAAAAUAUUACUGAUCCUCAGCCAUCCUCGAAACCAGCUGAACCAAGCAUACAGCCAACAACAACCACGUCGACGACAACGUUGAUUGAAUCUUCAAGCACUAUUCAAAAUACAACAAAUUUGAGUAAUAUUACGGCAAAUAAUAUCAAUGUAAAUAAUAUUAACGUCAAUAUACAUACAACUAGUUUACAACCAGCCCCAUUAUAUAAUCAAAAUCAAAAUAAUAAUCUAAAUAUGAGCAAUACAAAUGGACGUUGCAAUACAAACAUGAGUCGGAAACAGCGUCAACAACAUACACAAAUUUCACAAUUGGACGAAAAACAAACAACUGAGAUUGUUUCACAAUUAUUAAAGAAUAUUAAGGAAGAAACAAAACGUCGUGAAGAAAGUCGAUCACAGCUACAACAACAGCUAGGAAGUGUAGGUGGAGGAGCCAGCACUAAUCAGAAUCAACCAAUUAAUUUAACUGAUUCAUCGUCGUUGACCACAACAAAUUAUAAUAUCAAUAUCAGCAAUAUUGAUGUCGACACAGCAACAAAUAUACAAAAGCAGUGUGCAACAAACGGUGUCAAUUUCAAUUUUUCAACUAGUAGCAGCAAUGGUUCACUUUCGUUGUAUAAUAAUACGACACCCGCUAAUAAAAGUGAUUCCUCAUCGACACAGUGGCCACAACAAAAUAUUAAUCAUCAUCUAAAUUCCGUCAUCCGUGUUCAACCUUUAGUCGAUAUGAAAACAUCAACAUCCGAUAGUUGGAAUAAAGCGACUUCACCAAAUGAUACUUCACAAUCAUCAUCAGCAGCAGCAGUCUUUUUUCCUUCUUCCCCCGUAAUAAGUCAGCAAUCCACUACGAAUACUAAAAAACGCUCAAGAUCAAAAAAGCAGCAGCAGAUUGAGCAAACAACACCAAAUUUCAAUGACUUAACUAUGAACGAUGCUAAUGGUCUUAAACGAAUUAUAAUUAAAGGUGAAAACGAGUUAUAUACAGAACAAGUUUCGUUUUCAGCUUUACCAACAUCAAAAUUAAGUUGUCCGGCGAAUGUUAAAAGUAGAAUAAAUUCAGCAUCCGCAGCACCUGUCGGUCAAAAGAGUGUCAAAAUUUCCAACUUGACGAAUGUACAAGUAGAUUUUAUUCAUGUGCCUUAUGGUUGGCGCCGUGUUGUAGCUUCAGAUUUGGUUAUCUAUUUAAGUCCAACAAAUACUGUACUUGAUUCAUAUGAAUCGGUUCGACGGUAUCUUGAAACGCCAUCAACGUGCAAAUGUGGUUUGCAGUGUCCUCUUGUAGUAGACAAGGUAUUUAAUUUUAACCCGACUGUACAGUCAAAGUCAUGGGAAGUCACUCAGGUACUUGAAGGUACUCAUUGUAGACAAAAAUCGAACAUUCUUGAAAUGGCCACACUAACAAAUUGUAUUGAUUCAUUCAACGAACUCGAACAAAAGACGGUUAAACGUCGAAAACGACCACAUUGUGAACUUAAUACUGGUAAUGUUUUUCUUUGUUCAUCGUCAAAUGAGUCAAAACCAUUUACAAUUAAUACAACAAAUAUUCAGACAUGCGGAUUGCAAAGCAAUCAUGAUUCAUCUUCAUCAUCAUCCUCUCUAUCUCCGCUACCAUCUAAUACAGCAACAGCAAUAUUAACAUCAACAAGCAACACCGAAAAACAAUUACAGCGCUUCAUCGAUGAACAUUCACUUACAUGGAGUAAUACGCAAUCGUAUUCUGGAUUGCCAACUAAACGCCCUCGCGGUAGACCACGCAAAACAGUCAAAUCAUCUGAUUUUUGUAACGAUAUGACUAAACCCUCAACCGUGUCUUCGCCAUCAAAACAACAAAUUUAUCAGUAUUCUUCUGUUGAUGAUGAUUCGAUUCAUGAGUUAUCACCUGCUAUUGUAAUUCCAACUUCAACAACAGCUAUAAUUCAAAAUACGGCAAUACCAUCAUCAAUUCUUUCACCACCCGCGUCCGUUUCAUCGUCUCAGACAGGUUUACAUCGUAAUAGUACAUCUCCCUCAACGACUAUAUGUUCAUCGACAACAACACAAACGAUUCGUUACUUAAAUGAUAUUAGCCUCACGCCACCCUCGGUUGUAUUAAAUGAUACAAAUUUUAUCGCACGACUCCCAUCACUUUUCGACUCUGUUAAAUCAUCGUCAACAAAUGAAUCGACGUAUGCUGUAUUAUCGGGGGUUCAAAAUGUUCUCUUUUCUCCUCCCGAUAAAAGUGUUCGUCGUGAAUCCAUAACAACAACAGCACACUCACCAACAAAUAAUUUAGUAUCAACCACUACAGCUGCAUCAAAUAAACAAAUGACACUUCAUAUGAAUGCACUUAAAUCUGAUUUCGGGCGUUAUCGAGCACAAAAAACUCUAACAAAUCAAAUCGAUGCAAUAUCAUUGACAGGUGCAACAAAUAUUCUCUUAGGUAACUCAUCGCCAUCAACAAUAAUGAACUGUAAGAAUAUUGUCAGCGGUGGCAAUAUGGACCUUUUAUCGGCAACAAAUGAUGAACACAAUUUUGAUCAUUUAUCGCACCAACAGCAACAACAAUAUACUAUAGAACAACGAAAGCAACAACUAUCUUCUUCGUUUAGAAUCGAUUUUAAUGAUCCGUCGAUAACAGAUUUUCUCUUAUCAGCAAUGGCAUCUGGUACACCGACUGAUUCCAGUGCCAUAGUUAAUCAUUUAUUAAAUAAAGCACUAAAUUCAAAUAAUCGAACGUUAACUACUCAACCGACUGUGCAACAACUACAGCAACCACAAUCAUCAAAUUUAGAUUAUACGUCGAUUGAUUCAACAAUAAAAAAUGUUGUGAAAUCAUCGGCAGGAACAACUAAAAUAAAAAAAACAAAUGCAAAAAAAGCAACAACAACAAUAAAAAACAAUUCCGUGGUUGACACGAUGGUAUUUAAUGUACCAACAAAUUUGUUAACAGAUAAUGAUACGACAAAUAAUAAAUUUAAUAAGAAAAAUGAGUUAGAAGCGAAACCUUUAAAUUCGAAUGUUCUACAUGAUCAAGCACAACAAAUAUUUCUUAUAAAUAGUAAACCAUAUGUUAUUCAACAAGUCAAUCAUGAACAGCAGAAACGUUUAUCGCUGGAUACACCGUCGACGAUGUUAACACAAACAGCUUUGACAGAGAAUAGUGGGAUGUCACAGUCACGAACAGAUUUAUCAAUACCUGGUAGCAAUAAUUAUAACCAUUCUUCUUCUGUAUCAAACACAACGAUCAAACAAACAAAUAGCGAUGACAGUGGCAAUUGUUAUCUAUUAAACGGUCCAGUAGAGCCGAAAACUCUUCGAACGUUACUCAAAGGUUUAAAUCCAUCACCGCUUGGAGUCGAUAAUUUAAUUGAUACAAUAAAUCGUCUUGAAAAUGGAAAUAUGACUAAUCCUUUGAAUGAAGAUGAUUGUGGACAUAAUUUAUUAAAAUCUGUACGUACAACGAAUAAAAAUAGCCCAAUAAAAGUCACAAAUGCAAAACCACGGCGACCGCCAGCAACUGGAAAUAAAAAAUCAAAAGUGAAAAAAACUAAUCAAGAUGUGAUGAUAACAUCAUCUUUAGAUGGUAAUUCUACAAUAACAACAACAAUAGCACAAGCACCUCUACCAGUCGAAACCAAUCAAGAUAAUUGGCAAGCACAAUCAAUUAUUGCGCCGUCUUCAACUAUUGCCGAUUUAAAUUCAUUUGAUUUUAGUUUAAAUAAUUCAUCGUGGCAAAUAAAUGAUAGUAAUUUAAAUAAUUUAUUAUUAAACGAUGAUUUCAAUACAACAUUUGAUGAUGUUAAUUUUGACUUUGAACCGUUAUUAGGUGAUAUAACAACAUCAUCUAAAACUCUUUUGCCAUCAUUAUUUGAUGAUAAAAAACUACAUGAUACAUUCGAUUUUGUUUCUACAUCAAAAACUAUUGCGUCAACAACAACAAAUUCAUCAUUGCUACCAAGCGUCAGUCAUUUAUUAACAAACAGUUCAUCAAAUUUUGGCGCAACAGCAACUACCAUAUUGUCUGUUGCGCGUCCUUAA